UGGAGGAGCUGGCGGAGAAGGGGGCGUGCGCCGCGAUCCGCUGCUACCCGGAGGCCAAGCCCAGCGCUCGGCGACCUCUUGCCUCGGGCUCUCCCGCCUGCUCUCCGCGCGCUCAGCCUCGGAUCCGGCUCCGCACCAGCCCUCGGGAGCCCACGCGCGGCGAGCGCGCCAUGAGCCGGGGCGAGCGCGCCGGGGGCGGGGGCGCGGGCGGCGGCGACGCGCGGAAGGGCAGCCCGGCUGGGGACUGCGGCGGGGGGCGCCCCGCGGCGCCGGCCGGGACCCGGGCGGCGAGCGCGCUGUGCCUGCUGCUCUCCGUGGGCUCGGCGGCCGCCUGCCUGCUGCUGGGCGCCCGGGCGGCCGCGCUGCAGGGCCGGGUGGCGGCGCUGGAGGAGGAGCGGGAGCUCUGGCGGCGCGCGGGGCCGCCGGGCGCCCUGGCAGCCUGGGCCGAGCCGCACCUGGAGCGCCUGCUGCGCGAGAAGUUGGACGGACUAGUCAAGCUUCGGACUAUUCGGGAAGCGCCAUCGGAAUGUGCCUGCCCCCCAGGGCCCCCCGGACGUCGCGGCAAGCCUGGGAGAAGAGGCGACCCUGGCCCUCCAGGGCAAUCAGGACGAGAUGGCUACCCGGGACCCCUGGGUCUGGAUGGCAAGCCUGGACUUCCAGGCCCUAAAGGGGAAAAGGGUGCACCAGGAGACUUCGGCCCCCGGGGAGACCAAGGGCAAGAUGGAGCUGCUGGACCUCCAGGGCCCCCUGGACCCCCUGGGGCCCGGGGCCCUCCUGGUGACACUGGGAAAGAUGGCCCCCGGGGAGCACAAGGCCCAGCGGGCCCCAGAGGAGAGCCUGGACAAGACGGCGAGAUGGGCCCCAAGGGACCCCCAGGGCCCAAGGGGGACGACGGGACGCCAAGCCAGCCAGGGCUCCCUGGACCCCCCGGGCCCAAGGGCGAGCCAGGGAGUGUGGGGCCCCAGGGAGAGCACGGCGUGGACGGUGCCCCCGGCCCAAAGGGGGAGCCCGGCCACCGAGGCAUGGACGGAGCCACGGGGCCCCGGGGUCCCCCAGGCCUCAAGGGCGAGCAAGGAGACACAGUGGUGAUCGACUACGAUGGCCGGAUCUUGGAUGCCUUCAAGGGUCCUCCUGGGCCACAGGGGCCCCCAGGGCCACCGGGGAUCCCUGGAGCCAAGGGUGAGCUUGGACUGCCCGGUGCCCCAGGAAUUGACGGAGAGAAGGGUCCCAGAGGACCAAAAGGAGACCCAGGGGAGCCCGGGCCUACUGGACUCAAAGGGGAAGCAGGCGAGAUGGGCUUGUCCGGCCUCCCGGGUGCCGACGGCCCCAAGGGGGAGAAGGGAGAGUCGGCAUCCGACAGCCUGCAGGAGAGCCUGGCCCAGAUCAUAGUGGAGCCGGGGCCCCCUGGCCCCCCCGGACCCCCAGGCCCCAUGGGCUCGGAUGGAGCCAAGGGAGAGAAGGGCGCGUCGGGCGAGAGAGGCCCCAGCGGCCUGCCUGGGCCAGUUGGCCCACCGGGCCUUAUUGGACUGCCAGGAACCAAAGGAGAGAAGGGCAGGCCCGGGGAGCCAGGAUUAGACGGCUUCCCUGGACCCCGAGGAGAGAAAGGUGACCGGAGCGAGCGUGGAGAGAAGGGAGAGCGAGGGGUCCCCGGCCGGAAAGGAGUGAAGGGCCAGAAGGGUGAGCCGGGACCACCGGGCCUAGACCAGCCGUGUCCUGUGGGCCCUGACGGGCUGCCCGUGCCUGGCUGCUGGCACAAGUGAUCCCAGACCCAGCUCACACCUGUACAGAUCUGUGUGGACGUUCUUAAUUUUUGUAAAGACAAACAGUAAUAUAUUGAUCUUUUUUCAUGGGAUCUGCCACCUGUGGCCUUUUAACAUUUAAGAGUGUGCCCACCCAGCCCAGAACCGUCAGCACGUGAAGCUGCAGGAAUGUGGACAGGCCAGUCUGCAGGCAGCUUGCCCUGAGGGGCCCCCAGGGGACUUGGCUUUCCCAGGAAGGAGACAAGGGUGGAAGUGCCUGCUCAGGACAGGCUGGAAAGGUCCCGGCUGGGCCUUCAGCCGCCUGAUCAGCCGAGAGACUCACAGCGGUGGUGCUGCCCUGCAAGAGCCCCUCGUAGCUCUGGAGCCCCCAGGACACACUCCAGCCAAGAGGGCCCAGGGCUUGGCAGCAGCUGCAGCUGGACCCAGCCACAACCAGCUGCCCGUACGCUCAGACCCCCAGACCAGACUCCCGCCAAGCACUUGCAGCUGGACCUGGGCGGCAGUCAGCAGAAGGCACCGAGGGGCUAGCUCCCACCCAGCUCAGGAGGCCUCAGGACACCAGCUGCCACGAGAACACAUGUCCUCUGGCCAAGAGUAGUGGCCAAGCUCUGUGACUGCUGCGAUGUGGACCCAGCUGCAGGGAGCCCAGUGGUCCCCAAGUGUCAGGCACAGAGGGUCCCAGGCUGGAUUGGCUGCUACUUCCUGUCUCUGCGUCCACAUCAGCCAGAGCAGAGACGGGAUGGGCCUUUGCCUGGCCUGAGCAGGCAGGCCUCCAGCUCAGAGUCUGGGUCUCACUGGCCCCAAGUCUCCACCCAUUGUUCUGGCAGCCUGCCAGAAAUGGUUCUGGUGAGUUGUGCAGACAAAGUGAACUUCAGGGCCGGUUCCCCGCUGGCCUGAGCAGGGGGGCUGCAGCCAGAGCUGCCUACACUCUGACAAGAGGCAGUUCCACCUCUAACAAGCAUCCCUAGCAACCAGCUGUGUCCUAGCCACUCCCGCCCAUUUCUGUGCAGAGGGCUGUCGCUGCGCAUAAUAAACCACAAGUGUGUGUCUGGGCGUGCCUGUCCCUGUGAACUGCCCCUGGGGCAC